AUGGCAACCAUAGCUGUUGCAUUGUCUUUCUCCUUAUUUGUUGAAGGGCGUCUGACACAUCAAAUGUUUAACAAGUUUUCUGGACUUUCAUCAACUUCUGAAGCUGUUCAUCAUCCAGGCACAAAAUGGGCAGUCCUAGUGGCUGGCUCGAAUGGUUACGAGAAUUAUAGACACCAGGCAGAUAUUUGUCAUGCAUAUCAAAUUAUGAAGAAAGGUGGUCUCAAAGAUGAAAACAUUGUGGUCUUCAUGUAUGACGAUAUUGCGUUUAAUAAAGAUAACCCUAAACCAGGCGUUAUAAUAAAUAGACCACGAGGCAAAAAUGUGUAUCGACAUGUUCCUAAGGAUUAUACAGGUUAUAAUUUGACUGCAAGCAAUCUCUUCUCAGUUAUACUUGGUAACAAAACAGCCAUUAAAGGAGGCAGUGGAAAGGUUGUGAAGAGUGGUCCAAAUGAUCAUAUAUUCAUAUACUAUUCUGACCAUGGUGGUCCAGGGGUGCUUGCAAUGCCUGGUGACAGCCAGAUGAUUUACGCAAAGGACUUGAUUGAUGUUCUGAAAAUGAAGCAUGCUUCGAAGUCCUACAAAACCAUGGUUAUUUACGUCGAGGCUUGUGAAUCUGGAAGUAUUUUUGAUGGUCUUUUGCCUGAAAACCUAAACAUAUUUGUGACCACUGCAUCAAAUCCUACAGAAAGUAGUUAUGCAACCUAUUGUGGUGGAGACCGUGACGUUCCCCAAGAGUACAAUAAUACAUGUUUGGGUGACUUGUAUAGUGUCUCUUGGUUGGAAGAUAGUGACAAAACAGAUCCGAGAAAGGAAACUUUGGAACAACAAUAUACCUUGGUGAAGAAGAGAACGAGUAAAUUGUCUCAUGUAAUGCAAUAUGGUGAUUCUCAACUAAGUACAGAAUUUCUUUCUCUGUACUUCAUUUCCGGUUCAAGCAAGCAUAACCAUACUUAUUUCGCGAACCAACCUGAGCCAAUUACUGCUUCACUUGCGGUCGAGCAACGUGAAGCUGAUCUUAUUUACUUUAAGGAAAUGGCUCGAACUGCUCCUGAAGGCUCCAAGGAGAAGAUUGAGGCUCAAAAGCGAUUAGAUGAUUUGAUUUCUCAAAGAAAACACUUGGAUCGAAGCGUACAAAAAAUUGCAAAUGUUUUAUUUGGUGAAGUUAAAGGUCCUUCAUAUCUUACAAUGGUCAGGCCAGUAGGAUCACCUCUUGUUGAUGAUUGGGAUUGCCUCAAAGCUAUGGUAAGAACUUAUGAAGAACGUUGUGGACUUUUACGAACCUAUGGAAAGAAAUACAUGCGGGCAUUCGCAAACUUCUGCAAUGCAGGGGUUCAUGAGAAUCGGAUGGCUCAGGCAUCAGCUCAAGUUUGUUUUAUGUGAAGCAAGCAGCUUGAUUAAUUAUAAUAAUGAUAUGUAAAAGGGAUU